UAAAAACAAUAAAGAUAGUUGUAACAGUUCAGGCGGCUAAUAAUUUCCCAAAUUCGUUCCGAAUUCUAGGGUUUCCAUAAUCCCAAUUCUAUUCGAAUUCAUCAAAAUCUCUUGGAAAUCCAGCACAAUAAUGAAUGAAAAGUUAUGGACUUGGAAGAACAAAAUUCAGCUAGUAAAUCGGUCCAGGAUAAUGAAGAAAUGAUCAAACCGCCAAGAUUUGAAAAUGGUAAUCAAAGCAAGGUAGAAAGUAGUAAUGGGUCUAGUCCUCCUGGGGAUAAUAGUAGUAAUAAUAAUUUGGAUGAUGUAAAAGGCAAGGGAAUUGAAAUUAAGGGGGUUGAGGAUUAUUCAACCCUGGUGAAAUCCUCUCCAACAACUAAGGGGUUUGGGUUAAAGAAAUGGAAAAGGAUGAAGCGGGAUGCGCAACGCCAGGAUGGGGAUAGCAGUGUAAACAGUGGUAAGCUGUUGAAACGGGGUUUGGCGAGUGAGGUUGCUAAUGCGGAAAAACCUGUAAGCUUUUCUGCGGGAAGGAUCCAAAAAAGUGAUGGAUCUGUUUCAUCUACGAAUGCAGUAUUCAUGAAUCCUGGAGUUCUGGCUGAUGGAUUUGGUGUAAUAGGCGACUCUGGUUUGGCUAUGGGGCCGAUUUUCAAUGCUGUAUCGGAAUCAGAGAACAGCGAGGAUCGGAGUAGUAGGUCUUCUACGGCAGCUAGUGCUCCAAAGGCAAGGUAUGAAGCUCCCGUGCUCCCUGGUUAUCCAUCUGACAAGCAUUGGUUGAGGAGUUUGAGUGGGAAGAGCUUGAGCACAUCAGCUCAGAAACCACAUCAGGGAAAAGGUCGGUCUGAAACUAGUAAAAAGCCUAGAGGAGAAAGGGUCAAAAUCGAGAAGGAAAACUCUCAUUCCAGCAUGGAAUCUGACUCGCGUAGCUCUAAUUUUCUCUUUAUGCAGGGUGACUUUGCUACAAGUAAUGGUACAAAAGGUGAAAGGUCAAUGAUCUAUGAUGGAGAAUCCAGUGAUGAAGCUCAGGACAGAGAAAGACCAAUUGGUGAGGAACUUCGGGCUGGUCGCGAGAGAGGGAAUGAUAGGGAGUCUGAAAAUGUGUCACAAGAAGAUCUAGCUGCUGAAUCUCCGUGGGAAGUUAAUGAAGAGAAGAGUGAGAAUCGCGGUUCAUCCACUGAUCACGAUCCUCUAACGGAAUCUAUCUUCAAUUUCCAGGCUGCUCAAGAAGCUCUUGCUAAUGAAAUUCAGAAAUUCAAAGAAAUUGGGAAAGAUACUACCUUUGGUCAUUCGCUUGAGGAUGUUGGUAUACCUUUAAAUUUCACUUCAGAUGACUCAAAUUUCCCUAGACCAAGCACAUCCGUGCUGUCACAGAACAGAGAUGGUGCUCAACAUUCUCUUAACUCCUUGGAGUCUGAAGUGUUUAGCCUAAAACAGAAUAUAUUACUGUUGCAAAACAAGGUUCAGAAGGCAGCUGACCUGGUUAUAUCCAAGGAAGCAAGAAUUACUGAACUUGAAGCCAUUUUAGGUAGUAGCUCAAAGAGUGAAGAAGAGACUAUUGAAAAUGAGUUCGAGGUUCUCUUUAGACAGAAAAUUGAAGCUGAAGUUCAGUAUUUGGCAUUAUCAACAACAGCCCAAAAGUUGAGAAGUGCAGCAGUGGAUCAACUUACCCUCUUGGAAGAGCAGAAGACAUUAGCUUCAGAACAAGCACAGAUGGUGCACGUGCUUGGAGAUGCCGAAGCAAAGGCUGUAGUGCUCAAGACACAAACCAAGAAGUUGGAAAGUUACUGUGAAGAUUUAGCAAGCACUGCUGAAAAGCUAAUGCUACAGAAGAAAGUCUGUAAGUACAGUUCGUGUUUUUUCAUACAGUUGUUGUUGUUGGCCGCUGUCGUUGGACUGUUUCUGAUGCAGAUAUCUCCUGAUCAUGCUGAACUUGUACCCACCUAAUGUUAGAGAAGUUUCUUUCUUUCUCUUUUUUUUUUCUCUCCCUAUUAUCAACAUCGUUAUCCUUCAAUGUUGAAAGUUAGAUUAGUUUGUUUUAGAUGUCUAUAGAUAGCUGAAAUACCUACUUCUCAUUUUGCCGAGUCUGUAUUCAAGGGUAAUCAUAGAAGAUGAUCCGUUCGUUCAUAAGUUGAGAUAAUUUUGCUUCUGUAAAAGGGUGAGCACGUUGAAGUUUUUUAACCUGGGGUCUCAUAACAAUACCACUUUAGACAUUUCUGUUUGUGUGUGAUGAACUAUGUAAUGAUCUAAUUGGAUUAUCAUACGACUUUAGACAUUUCUGUUUGAAGUUGAAGCAAAAAUGGUAUGUACAUGAAUUGAAGCUCCUGUAGAAAAGCAAGCCUGAACUUCAGCCAUACGAAACAUCAAAUACCACGUGUCUUGAGUUGUUCCGAAGUUGAUAAACUGGUGCAUGUAUGACUUAAAUGGUGAUCCCGAGAUCGGGUAUCUGGCCCUUUACAACAGCCUUAAAAGGCUGUGCCAUCAUUCUAGGCCCUAACCAUGUCUGUUAUCCAUGGCCCUUUUAUAAGAUUGCUAGUCUUUAGUAUGAAAAAUAUUGAAAUAUUAAAGUAGAUAGUAAAUUACAGGUAGUUGAUCAGUUAUGUAUUAUUUUCCUUCUAAGGAAUUACGUGUGGUAUUUUUUAUUUACUUUAGAAGGAGAAUAAAAUCUGGCCACUGACAUGUGAACCCAUAAAUACAAUGUUUGUUUUUGCUAUCUAA